GGCUUGAGUGUAGUAGGUGUGGUCAAGUGAGAGCAGACGCCAUAAUAAAACAACACAGCAAAUAAUCUUCAGAGACUCCUCAGGAGAGAAAGAGGGAGAGAGAAGGAGAGGGAAAAGAUGGCAACAGGCGAAGCGGAAAACAGCUUAAAAAGAGAAUCAUCAAAGGAAUUAUUACAAGAAAGAAUAAAAAUAUUCUUCAUUCAGUUGACCAGAGGGUGUGGCCAGAAAUCCUGCAAGAACCUUGAGUGUGCCAGUGGGCGUGGAUACUCCUCCCCUCCUAACGAGGCAGCAGCAAACGCAGUGAGACUAGCACAACAAAAAGCGACGCCAUGUUUAUCACUUUUAUCAAAACCGACAAACGGAUUGGUCAGUCCUAGAGGGAAGGAUGGACGGAAAGGGGAGGAGCCUGUUUCUGGUGGUAGUGACGAGCCCAUGGAGGUGGAGUCGGGAAAGGCCACGCCCAAAUCAAAGGUGUUAGCCUCGUCUGAAGUCGACCAAUCAGAAUCAACAAUGGAGACUAAUGAGGAAACUGCUGUAAUACAGUUCCCAUUAGAAAGUAACAUUGGUCUUACAUUAUCCAGUAUCAAGUCACUAAUAAGUAAAACUGAUUCGUUACAUUACAAAGAACUCACCUCAACGCUCUGGAACGUCUUCUCAAGCCCUCAGAUACUCAACAACAGUUUCAUAAUACCCGAAUGCCCACCCUCCUCUCUCUCUCGUGUCAGACAAAGAACAGGGAUCCUUGUCGACGUGACCGCUGUUCGCGAAGCUUAUAAACUUCUUUACGAGUUAGAAAUACCUGCCAUCACCAAUACCCUUUGCAACGCCAUGAGUAAUUAUUGUUCUUCGCUUUCGGGCGCUGACGAAGUUAAGUUCUCAUCUCAACUUGGCCAUAUUAUAACGUUAUUUGAAAACCCUCUACUGCACAGUCCCGAGUUUGUGGAUCGUGCCUACCCUCAGUUCCUUAAAGUCAUAUUGGGACUCUCCGUAACGCAAAAAGCAAUCCUAGUCGAAUGGUACUCGAGCUACACUGCUGAUGAGUUAAUAGGAUUCAUAGCCUCGUUAAAACAAUUGAUAUUAAUUAAUUUACUGAAUGAAGAUGUUAGUGUUACCAUACAAGGAAAUUCCGCCAUUGCCUCGGCAACCCACACCCUCAUGUUAUUUUAUGUGUCAAGUCUCGUCAUCGCCAAGAGAGAGGGAGGACUCCGCCCACACAGCCACAAAUUAGUGUCGGCAAUAGCAAUGCCACUACCAGAACAAAUGGCCGUCCGUCGAUUAAACAUAUUCCAGAUGUUAUUAUCAAAGUUCAGUGUCCAUCCGUCCGAGGUUUUAAAGAGUUCAAUACCACUUGAUGAGUUUGUCCUAGAACUGAUCAACAAUGAAGUAGAUAUGGGUAUUGACUACAGGCGGUUUAAGCAUAAGUACUUUGAGGAUGGCAGCCAUGUUUUUUGCUUUCUUGAUCACCCGUUUGUCCUCUCAACUAGUAAUAAAGUUGAAACAAUCCACCUGGAUCAUAAUUAUCGUAUGUUUAGUGAGAGACAGAGGACACUGUUCCACACUGUCCUCACUGGAAUACCUGAUCUACCCUUCCUUGUACUGAGGAUUGACAGACAUGAUAUUGUCAAUGAUACCCUGGCACAGCUUGAAGCUAUUACUGAGUUGAAUCCGUCCGAUAUUCAGAAGCAGCUGAGGAUAGAGUUCAAAGGAGAAGAGGGCAUUGAUGAGGGAGGACUCCAGAAAGAGUUCUUCCAAUUAUUAAUAGAGAAACUGUUUGAUCCAAUGAAUGGCAUGUUUCGAUUUGAUGAAGAUAACCAGUUUUACUGGUUUAACUCGGUGUCCCUAGAAUCAGAGGAGCAAUACAGACUGAUUGGUAUUCUCCUGGGGCUGGCCAUAUACAACAAUGUUAUACUGGACGUGAGGUUCCCUAUGAUAGUCUAUCAUAAACUGAUCGGAUGUACUCCCGUCUUUAAAGACCUUUACUCAUCUCAUCCAGUUAUAGCCAAGUCUCUUCAGUCGAUGUUGGAUUUUGAAGGAACUGAUGAUGAAUUUCAGGACACAUACAUGGCCACAUUCUCCAUUACUUAUUCCGACAUGUUUGUAAUGGUACAGUCCACUGACCUCAAAGAAAAUGGAGACAAAAUACCAGUCACACUAGAGAACAGACAAGAAUAUGUUGAUCUCUAUACUGAUUGGUUGUUAAAUAAGUCGAUUGCUAAACAGUUUGAUGCCUUUAAGAAAGGGUUUGAUCUCGUAAUGAAGGACAAACACUUAGCAGAUCUCUUCACUGCUGAGGAGGUGGAGAUGUUAGUGUGUGGGAGCAAGGAAUGGGAUUUCAAUUCGCUGGAGGAGAACACUCGUUAUGACGGGUUCUCAAAGUCGCACUCCGUCAUCAUUAAUUUCUGGGAAGUGUUUUACGAGUUUAACGAAGACGAGAAGAAGCAGCUGCUAGCUUUUGUGACCGGAUCUGAUCGAGUGCCAGUGGGCGGACUAUCCAACCUUAAACUGGUCAUCGUUAAGAAUGGACCUGACUCUGACAGGUUACCCACUGCUCAUACUUGUUUCAAUGCAUUGUUACUCUGUGAGUACAGUUCAAAGGAGAAGUUAAAGGAGAGAUUAUUGACUGCCAUUAGAAAUGGUAAAGGAUUUGGAAUGUUGUAACAACUUCUAAUCAAACCAUGCACCUAUUAUUGAUAAAUAAUAAUUAAAUUAUUAUUGUUAUUGUUAUUAUUAUUAUUAUUAUUAUUAUUAUUAUUAUUGUUAAGUUAUGUGGUUGUUCCAUCACUGUA